GAGACGAAGGGGGUAUAGGUCUUCUUCCUAAAAAUAUAUAUAUAUUUCCUCCAUUGUUUUUAUUGCCGCCACUGCCGCUUGUCCGCCACUGCCGCCUGCGUGCAGCAGUGCCCGUCACAUGAUCCAGUGACGUCACUGCGGUGCCGAAGCAUCUGGCCGUUGCAGCAACGGUGUUCCGACACUGUAGCAUUCGCCAGUGCUAUGUUCUGAGCUCCGUACCGCCCCGGUGGUACUUCUCCUAGCGAUAAACUUUCUUCUCCGGCCGCCCUAAGCAUGGCGACCGGUGCCCCUCCGGGCUGUUACCUCCUUCUUGUUCUGGCGCAGCCUUGCGCCGAAGAGCAUAAGGAGCAUAUUUUAAGAAAAGUGGAAGAAGGGCUUCUCUCAUGGGACGUUAAACACACCAGAUGUGAUUUAGAAGGAAUUGACGUUGUUUGCUCGCAGAUUCAGUCCUCAAAAGAACCAGAAAGUGAAUUGCUGAUUCAGCAUUCAACUGAGAAUCUUGCCGUAGAAGUUUUACUAAACCCUCACGUCAGCACAUUGAAGCAAUGCCUGAAAAAUUUGCUGGCAGCCAACGUAGGCCACAAACAUGUGAUUCAUGCCGGAUAUGCUUUCACAGGAUCCGGAUCCUGGAUUUUACAGGAUGGAAAUUUUUCUUAUCAAAACUUAAUGGACACUUUACAAGAUGUAGACGUUCAAAAAGCGUUACGGCUACAUCCAGGAUGUACUAUUCACAUACAUUGCAUCCCAGAAGGACCUUGGGCUCAACCGGAAGAAAGAACUUCAUCCGACAUUCCAGAAUCUCUUUAUAUUAAUCCUGCCAAAAAUGUGUCUGUUGUUCCUGGUUCAACCCAUCUUAUACAAUGUUUAGAUUCUGUGUUAAGGUUCCAACCCCUGACGGAGAUGAUGAAAUCAUCCCCCGUAGUAGGAAAUAUUAGAUUUAAUAGGCCAACCUUGUAUGUAUUCCCUGGAGGACAAGGAGAUUGUGCUCUCUUUGGAGUAAGUGGAUUCACCAUGCUUAUCGAUGGUGGAUUCAAUCGAAAACCUUGUUUCUGGGAAUUCAUUCGCCACCUCGAUAGGCUGGAUGCCAUUAUGAUAACGCGCCUUAACGAGAACAAUGUGUGUGGAAUUACGAACGUCAUUCGUCGAAAAAGAGAAGGCAAACGAGUUUAUCCUCAAGUAGGUUACGUUUUUUGUAAUGUUGCUGAAGGAAAGAGUCCGACAAGUCCAGGCUCUUCUGGGCAAGACAGAGAUCCUUUACUAGUAAGUGUUAUAAAAGAAGGACGUGAAUUUAGUGAAAAUCUUCAUCAAUUGGGAUUAAAGCCUCAUAGAUGUCUUCGGGAUAGUUUAGCUGAACCCCUAACGCUUUUCCAUAAAGUUGGACAUGGGACUCUAGAAAUGCAUGUUCUAAGUCCACCAAAAGAUAGCAAAGAAAUGAAAUUAUUUUUCCAACAAUGGACUUCCUAUAAAGAACAUUUUACCUCAAAAAAGUAUACUGACGAUGGAGAAAUGCCUAUUCCUUUAUCACAUGCCAUGUCAAUAUGUGCUUUAUUGAUAUGGAAACCAUCUGAUCCCUCAGAUACAAUUACAAGAGUUCUUUUACCUGGAAGUGCGCCACAAAGUAAAAUUUUUGAGGGUUUAGAACACUUAAGUCACUUAGAAGAACUUAAAUAUAAAACUUGUAGUCAAAUGUCAUUAGGAAUUAAAUAUGAAGAAAGGGUCAAAAUUAAAACUACAAAGAAACAUGUUGUUAAAUCUUCCAUCAAGCAUAAAGCAGAUUUUGUAAGACCUGCAUCACCGACGAAACUAAUUAGGGACAGUGAUGAAAUUAAAAUUGUAAGAAGGAGAGCGGAAUCACCAGUGAAGUCCAUGACAGGAUCUCCUGUUCGAAAAGUUAAGAAGAUAACAAAAAAAGUUGAAGAGAAAAAAUUCGUUGGGGUGAAAGAUGAAAUUGUUUCGAAAAAGAUUGCAUCAAAAGAAGUAAAAGCAACCAAAAAAAUUAAGAAAAGUAAUAAAGCUAAAUUGCAAAAAUUAAAAGAUACUGCUGAUAAACGGAGUUCAGAAAUUCCUGAUGUAGAAACUAUAGAAACAGCAGGAGAUACUAUACAACAGACUGAAGGUGAAGAUAUGGAAUCCUUGCUUGCCACAGAAGACGAAAUGCUGAAAAUUGAAAAAGAUUUUGAUACUCAAGCAGAAGAAAAAAUACUACUAGAAGCUGUAGAUCGCGAAAAAUCUCCUUCUAAAAUUGACGAAGCAGAUAUUAACUUAGAUGAUUCGCAAAAAGAGCACGAUGAAAAGGAAGAAAAAGCAAAGAGUGAAGAAAAAUCAAAGGAAAAAGAGACAGAGGAAGACAUUACGGAAACUGAACAGGAAGAAAAAUUGAAAGAAAAAGAGAUUGCUGAAGAUAGUAAAGAAACAGAAAAAGAAGAAGACAGAGAGAUUGUUGAUGAUACUAAAGAAGUAGAACAAGAAGAAAAAGAAAUAAAAGAAGAGAAAGUAGAAGACGGAAAAGAAAUAAAAAGUAAAGUUGAAAAGGAAACUAAAGAAGAAAUUGAGGGAAAAGAAAGUGAAGAUAAAAGUGGAGGCAUUACCUUAAUAUUGAAAAAACCAACCGAAAGUGAAUUAGAAACAAAAUCUAUAUCCGACACUACAGAAGAUGACAAAAAAUCAACAGGUGGUGAAAUGGACCAAAUAAUACCUUCUCCUUCCACAGAAGACAAAUCACCGGAAUUAGUUGAAACUGUUAAAAAAGUUUCACCUUCAGGUGAAAAGAAAUUAGAAUCUAAAACAACCGCGGAAAAAACACCGAGAAAAGUUAAAAAAUCGAGUAAAAUUUCAGCUCUUAAGUCAACAGUGUCUGCACCAAGUAAACUUCGAAAAGAACCUGAAAUUCGAAAAACAGCUCCUAAAAAAGACAAACCUUUAGAAAAAGAAAUUAAAAAAUCAGGAGUUAAAAGUGUUAAAGCAAUACCAAAAACUGUUAAAAAAGAAAUCGUUAGUGAAAGUCCACUAAAAAAAGCUGAGGUUUCAAGAACAGCUGUGAAACCUAAAGAGUUGAAAACUAUUCCCGCAAUAAAAGAAGUUAAGGCUCCUGUGACUCUUAAAAUAUCUAAAAAAGCUGAACCAAAAUUAAUAAAAUCAACUAGUGCAGCAGAUGUAAAAACCAAAGUGUCUAAGGACGUGUCGAUUAAGCGAAUAACUGAAAGCAAACUCACCGCUAAACCCUCACUGUCAGUAAAAGAGAAAGAUUCAACCACCUUACCAAAAAGUCCAGUUAAGAAACCCAAAGAAAAAAUUCCUAUAUUGUCUCCGAAGAAAAAAGCCAAGCCACUCACAAGCACGCCAGCACGACCAUCUAAACCUUCCAAGGACAAAACAAAGCCUAAGCCAGUGAAGCGACCCGGAAAAAUGAAAGACAUUACUCCGUCCGCAGAAGAAAAACUUUCACCCGAAAUCAAGGGACCAAUUGCACCGGAAGAAUCGAUUCCGUCCCAAGCUCCAGCAAAGGAAGUUGUUGAUGAAGAGAUGGCUCUAGAAGCUCCAUCCAGUCCAAAAGAAACAGAAACUCAAGAAUUACCGGAGGAAUUAGCUGCUGAAAUUCCGUCCUCACCAGUUGAUGUUGAUAAAGUCUCACUUGCAGAGUCAGAAGAUAAGAGAUCAGAAAUAGGAGAUGAAGGUAUUGUUGAAACGCCCCAUGAAGCAAAAGAGCCUGAAAUUUUCGAUGAACAAAUGGUAGUAAAGGAAAUUGAAGCUGUUGAAGCUGCUGUCGAUGAGCUCAUUGAAGGUAUGCGAACUGAAAUAGGUGAACCGAAACUUAAAAGCAAAAUUGAUCAAGAAGAUGCAAAGGUUGAAAGUCCAGUUGAAGAGCUAGCAGUUUUAACGGAAGAUAAAAUUAAAACUCCAGCUGAUAUCGGAAGCGCGGAAGAAGAAAUAUCUGCUGAAGAAAUUUCCGAGGGAAUUGAAGAAGAAAAGUCAGCAUUAGUUGAAGUUUCUAAGAAAGAUAUUUCAUGGGAAAGUCUACAAGAAUCAGUUAAAGCUUUAAUUAAUGUUGAAAUAACCUAUAUCAAGGAAAAUAUUAAAAACAAGGGAAUAAAACUAGACAAUUACGAAACAGUCAUAUUCAGAUACAUAUCAAUGGAUUUUGAAAAGCUAUGCUUGACACCUACUGUUGAAUCUAUAAGUAAAUAUGUAACAUCAAAUAAAGAAAAUAUUGUAAGAGUAAUUUCUGAACAGUAUGAAGCGGAUACAGCAGACAAAUCGGGUCUUGCAGAUGAACCAGGUGAAAAACUUGAAGAGAAAAUUUCCACAGAAGCAGAUGAAAUGACAGAGGAAGAAAUUUCUAUGAAAGCUAAAGCGAUUGACGAUAUUUCGAAAAAAACGAGUGAAGUUAAAAAAGACACAAUUGUUACUGAGCAUAAAGAAAUUGAAGGAAUAGAUAUUUCCGAAAAAGCUGAAAGUGAAGUUCCUUCAGAUGCAGAGAAACAUGAAGCAAUUUCAACAGAAUCUGAUAAAGAAAUUCCCAGUGUUGAUGCAAAAGACGAAAAAGAAAUUCCUACAGAAACUGAAAAAGCUGUCGAAACAAUUUGCAAGGAAGAUAAGGAAUUUGAGGAAGAAACUCCCGUGGAAGCUGAGGAAACUGAAAAAGAAAUUCCUACAAAAGUAGAACAUGAGAAAGAAAUUUCCACAGAUGAGGAGAAAAUUAUAAAAGAAAUUUCCACAGAAACUAAGAAAAUUGAGGAGAAAAUUACCACGAAAAUUGAAGGAGAUGAAGAAGAAAUUCUUACCAAAGAAAAAAUUCCCACAGAAGCAGCAAAAUCUGAAGAAAAACUUAUUAUGGAAGCUGAGAAAUUAGAAGAUGAAACUUCCACGGAAGCUAGGAAAACUGAAGAAGAAACUCCCAGGGAGCCUGAGACAAUUGAAAAAGAAAUCCUCACUAAAACUGAAGUUAAAGAAGAAAUAAUACAAAAAGAAGAGGUUUCCACAAAAACUGAUAAAAUUAAAGAAGAAAUUUCAAAAAUAACCGAGAAAGACGACGAAAAGAUUCCUACGGAAACCGAAGAAGAAAAAAUUUUGACAACUAUUGAAAAAGAAGAAGUUUCUACGGAUACCGAGGAACUGAAAAAGGAAGCACGUGUGGAAGCUGAAAAAGUUGAAAAACAAAUUCCCGCGGAAGCUGAGGAGGUUGAAGAAGCAGAAGAUUCUAUAGAUGAUGGUGAGGAAGAGGUCUCUAUAGAAUCUGAGAAACUAGAAAAAGAAGAAAUGUCAGUGAAAACUAAAGAAGCAAAAAUUCCUGUAGAAGAUGGUAAAGAAGACAUUUCUACAGAACCUAAAAAAAUUGAAAAACAAAUUUCCGCUGAAGAAAUUAAAGAAGAAAUUCCUGUGAUAUCUGAAAAAGUUGGAGAAGAAGAAAUAUCUAUAGAAUCCAAAAAAAUUGAAGACGUAAAACUUUUCAUAAAAGAUGAAGUAGAGACAAUUUCUUCGGAAGUUAAGAAAGCUGAAAAAGAACGUCUCGAAGAAAAGGAAAAGUUGGAACAAAAAAGACUUUCAAUUUCUGAAAAAGAAGAAGAAAUUGCUGUGUCUCCAGAACAAGUGAAAGAAAUUGCUGCGACCCCAGAAGAAGAAAAAGAAAUUAUUAUGGAUUCCACACAACAAGUGGAAACUUCAGCUACUCCUGGCGAAAGUGUUGACAUCGUACAAGAAAAAGAAAUUUUGAAAACUCCUGAAAAAGCAAAAGAAAUUUCGAAGACUCCUGAAGAAGAAACUACUAUCGUUUCAGAGCAAGAAAGUGAAAUUGCUGUAACCACAGAACAAGAAAAAGAAGUUGUUUUAACUACUGAACAAGAAAAAGAAUAUAUAUCAGAAGAAGAUUUCAAAAAAUUAAUUACUCCCGAAAUUAAGAAAGAAAUAUCUUCUAUAGCAAGAGAAAUUGAAAACCUGUCAUUAACUGAUCCCCUAGAAAUUAUUAUCAAGUUCGUUUAUUUACUUCUUCAAGAAAGAGAAAUUAUACCGGAGGCUGACUCUCUGAAAAACUACAUUAUUAAAUACAGAACUGAAAUUAUUACAAAAAUACUUAACAUCCACGGGAAAGAGCAAGAAGAAGAAGAAACUCCACAAUUUAAGAAAGACAGUUUUACUGAAUCAAUGUUUGAGACCUUGAUCACACCAGAAAUAAAAAAAGAAGUUUCCACUAUAUCAAAAGAACUAAAAAACAUUACUUUGGAUGAUCCUGAACAAGUUAUUCUUAAGAUCAUUUACAUGGUCUUAAACGAUAAAGAAAUUAUUCCUGAACCAGAGUCUUUAAUUAACUACAUAAUAAAAUACAGAACUGAAAUCAUUACACUAAUACAAGAUCAAUAUGCGGCUGGAGAAGAAGAUCAAGAGAAAAAAGAGAUAUCUCCUGAAGAUGGCAUUGAGGUAACUGAAGAUAUUAGUCCAACUCAAGAACCCGAGCCCGAAGAAACGAUAAGUGAACAGCUUAUUCACGAACAACUUACAAAGGAAUCACUGAAGAUCAUUGAUGAAUUAGUGGAAGAACACAAGUCAGGAAAUAUGUCUAAAGAAGAUUGUAAAAAUAUACUCUUAUCAAUACUGAGAGAAGAGCUCGAAAAUAAAAAAUUGCCAAUAAAUGAGGAUACAAUUAAAAUGUACAUAAAUGAAUAUAGAACAGAGUUUAUCAAAGUUUUAAGAAAAGAGUUCAUGUCAGCAGCUGAUACUAAGGUACUUGAAAAGGAAGAAAUUCCUGUCACAGUCACGCUAGAAGAAGUGUCAACUAAAAUUAUAACAGAAAACUUAACGAGUGAAUCUCGAAAAAUUUUAAAUGAGCUUAUAAAUGAACUUAAGCCAGAAAACGUAUCAAAGACAGAGUUCGAGCAAAUAAUUUUAGAAACCUUAGAAUUUGAAUUACAAAACGAAAAUUUGCCCUUAAAGAAAGACACAAUUCUAACAUAUCUCACAGAAUACAGAGUUAAAUUUGUUACAAUUUUAAAAGAAAAACAAUUAACUAUUAUAGAUGAACAAAAAGGUGCAGGAGCGUCAGAAGAACCAAUUUCAGAAGAAAUAGACAUAACAAUAGACAGUAUUGAAAAUCAAUUGACAAGUGAAUCAUUGAAACUUAUUGAUGAGCUUAUAGGUGAAUGCAAAGUAGAAGACAUGUCUCAUGAAUCAUGCAAAAGUUUAUUAUUAGAAAUCUUGAUACAAGAACUACUGAUGAGAAACCUACCCUUAAAUAGUGAGGUGAUUAUUAUGUAUAUAACUCAAUAUAAAGAAGAAUUCGUCACACUUUUGAAAAAGAGAUAUUUAGAAUUCACCACAGAGGAAGAAGAAGAACUAGAAGAACCAGCAAAAAAAGUUGCAGAUGAAUCGAUUGAUGAAGAUUUAAAAAGCCCGAGAGAGGAUACAAAUAUUCCAGAAUCAUUGGAAUUAGAAGAAAUAAGAAAGUUGAUAAAUCCCCAAACUCAAAAAAUAAUCGAUUCGUUGGAAGAAAAAAUUAAGUUAGGAGAUACAACAAAUGAAGAGUUUUGUGAAAUGCUUCUUCAAGCUGUGCAGAAAAUACGUAUUGAACACAAAAUAGAAUACAACGAGGAAUCAUUGAGAAACUGUUUAUCAAAUUAUGAAAUAGAAAUAAUAAAUAUAAUUACACAGCUAUAUCAGGACCGUGUUUCCCAAAUUGAAUCUAAAGAACUGCCAGAAACAGAAGUUGCGCAAGUGAUAUCUUAUGAAGAAAUAAAACGUUUAUCAACACCAGAAAUAACCAAAUUGAUUACUUCUAUGAAGAAUGAAAUUCAAAUAAAUAUUCCAGAGGAAGAAUUUCAGAACCUACUUUAUGAUACUUUAAUUGAGCUUAUGCAGAAAGAAUCUAUACUGAUAAACUCAAUGAAUAUUCUAAACUGCAUUAUUCGUUUCAAAAUUGAAAUAAUUAAUCUAAUUCUUAAUCGAUAUAACGUCAAAGAAUCGCUAGAAAUCAGUGCAACUGGAGAAGUGCCAAUUGACGAAAUAGUUGCUUCUUCUCCUGUUGAAGUAAUUGACUCUGAAAGUAUGGAAGAAAAAAUAUCGUCAUUUGAAAUUAAAGCAACGGAUAUAAAACUUAGAGAAAAAACUCCCAGUCCAGAAAAAGAAGUAUUAACAGAAGACGUUACCGAAAAAUUAAAAAAAGAGCUACCAUCAACAGCAGAAAAAGAAAAAAUUACUUCAAUUCAAAAAGUUGAAGAAACGAUUGAAGAAAUAACACCGAUUCCUUCUGCAUCAAGUGAAACCGAAAAACCUUUACAAGAGGAAACCGCAACAGAAAUACGAGAAAAAACCCCAACUACCGUAAGAGAAAUUAUUCUGAUUGAUGGUGAGAAAAACGUUGAAGAUGAUGUUUCUCUAAAAGAGCCUGACACAGAAGCAAAAAAAUAUGAAUCAAUUGACGAAGUGCUUUUAACAGACAAGAAAUUACAAACAAAAGAGACAAUUAAAAAAGAAUCACCAACAAAAGAAGAUACUGAAAAAACAUCACCAACAAAGGAGGAAGUUGAGAAAGAAUCACCAAUAAAAGAGGAUAUUAAAAAAGAGUCACUUACAAAAGAGGACAUCGAAAAAAUAUCACCUUCAAAAGUGGAAAUUGAAAUAGAAUUACAAACGACAGAGGAAAUGGAAGAAGAAUCACAAACAAAAGAAGAAAUUGUAAAAGCAUCACUCACAAAAGAAGACAGGAAAAAAGAAUCACCUACAAAAGAAGACAUUGAAAAAGAAUUACCAACAAUCGAGGACAUUAAAAAAGAUUUAUCAUCUAAACAAGACAUAGAAAAAGAAUCUCCUACGGAAGAAGACAUUAAAAAAGAAUCUCCGACAAAAGAAGACAUAGAAAAAGAAUCUCCAACAAAAAAGUACAUUGAAAAAGAACUAUUUCCAAAAGAAGACGUUGAAAAGGAAUCACCAAAAAUAGAGGUUGUUGAAAAAGAAUCACCAACAAUCGAGGACAUUAAAAAAGAACUACCAUCUAAACAAGACGACGAAAACGAAUCACCAACAAAAGAAGAAGCUGAAAAAGAAUUACCGACAAAAGAGGAUAUUAAAAAAGAAUCACUGACAAAAGAAGACCUAGAAAAGGUAUCUCCAACAAAAGAGGACAUUGAAAAAGAAUUACCAACAAAAGAGUACAUUGAAAAAGAAUCUCCAACAAAAGAGGACAUUGAAAAAGAAUUAUCAACAAAAGAGGAUGUUGAAAAAGAAUCACCGACGAAAGAAGACAUAGAAAAGGUAUCUCCAACCAAAGAAGACAUUGGAAAAGAAUUAUCAACAAAAGAGUACAUUGAAAAAGAAUCGCCAACAAAAGAGGUUGCUGAAAAAGAAUCACCAACAAUCGAGGACAUUAAAAAAGAAUUACCAUCUAAACAAGACGACGAAAAAGAAUUACCAACAAAAGAGGAAGCUGAAAAAGAAUUACAGACAAAAGAGGAUAUUAAAAAAGAAUCACCGACAAAAGAAGACAUAGGAAAGGUAUCUCCAACCAAAGAAGACAUUGGAAAAGAGUUACCAACACAAAAGUUUAUUGAAAAAGAAUCAUCAACAAAAGAGGUUGUUGAAAAAGAAUCACCAACAAAAGAGGUUGUUGAAAAAGAAUCACCAACAAAAGAGGUUGUUGAAAAAGAAUCACCAACAAAAGAGGUUGUUGAAAAAGAAUCACCAACAAAAGAGGUUGUUGAAAAAGAAUCACCAACAAAAGAGGUUGUUGAAAAAGAAUCACCAACAAAAGAGGUUGUUGAAAAAGAAUCACCAACAAAAGAGGUUGUUGAAAAAGAAUCACCAACAAAAGAGGUUGUUGAAAAAGAAUCACCAACAAAAGAGGUUGUUGAAAAAGAAUCACCAACAAAAGAGGUUGUUGAAAAAGAAUCACCAACAAAAGAGGUUGUUGAAAAAGAAUCACCAACAAAAGAGGUUGUUGAAAAAGAAUCACCAACAAAAGAGGUUGUUGAAAAAGAAUCACUAACAAUCCAGGACAUUAAAAAAGAAUUACCAUCUAAACAAGACGACGAAAAAGAAUCCCCAGCAAAAGUGGAAGCUGAAAAAGAAUUACAGACAAAAGAGGAUAUUAAAAAAGAAUCACCGACAAAAGAAGACAUAGAAAAGGUAUCUCCAACAAAAGAGAUUGUUGAAAAAGAAUCACCAACAAAAGAGGUUGUUAAAAAAGAAUCACCAACAAUCGAGGACAUUAAAAAACAAUUAUCAUCUAAACAAGAUGACGAAAAAGAAUCACCAACAAAAGAAGAAGCUGAAAAAGAAUUACCGACAAAAGAGGAUAUUAAAAAAGAAUCACUGACAAAAGAAGACCUAGAAAAGGUAUCUCCAACAAAAGAGGACAUUGAAAAAGAAUUACCAACAAAAGAGUACAUUGAAAAAGAAUCUCCAACAAAAGAGGACAUUGAAAAAGAAUUAUCAACAAAAGAGGAUGUUGAAAAAGAAUCACCGACGAAAGAAGACAUAGAAAAGGUAUCUCCAACCAAAGAAGACAUUGGAAAAGAAUUAUCAACAAAAGAGUACAUUGAAAAAGAAUCGCCAACAAAAGAGGUUGCUGAAAAAGAAUCACCAACAAUCGAGGACAUUAAAAAAGAAUUACCAUCUAAACAAGACGACGAAAAAGAAUUACCAACAAAAGAGGAAGCUGAAAAAGAAUUACAGACAAAAGAGGAUAUUAAAAAAGAAUCACCGACAAAAGAAGACAUAGGAAAGGUAUCUCCAACCAAAGAAGACAUUGGAAAAGAGUUACCAACACAAAAGUUUAUUGAAAAAGAAUCAUCAACAAAAGAGGUUGUUGAAAAAGAAUCACCAACAAAAGAGGUUAUUGAAAAAGAAUCACCAACAAAAGAAGUUGUUGAAAAAGAAUCACCAACAAAAGAGGUUGUUGAAAAAGAAUCACCAAGAAAAGAGGAUGUUGAAAAAGAAUCACUAACAAAAGAGGUUGCUGAAAAAGAAUCACCAACAAUUGAGGACAUUAAAAAAGAUUUACCAUCUAAACAAGAUGACGAAAAAAAAUCACCAACAAAAGAAGAAGCUGAAAAAGAAUUACCAACAAAAGAGGAUAUUAAAAAAGAAUCACCAACAAAAGAGGUUGUUGAAAAAGAAUCACCAACAAAAGAGGUUGUUGGAAAAAAAUCACCAACAAUCGAGGACAUUAAAAAAGAAUUACCAUCUAAACAAGAUGACGAAAAAGAAUCACCAACAAAAGAAGAAGCUGAAAAAGAAUUAUCGACAAAAGAGGAUAUUAAAAAAGAAUCACCGACAAAAGAAGACAUAGAAAAGGUAUCCCCGACAAAAGAGGUCAUUGAAAAAGAAUUGCCAACAAAAGAGGUCAUUGAAAAAAAAUCCCCAACAAAGGAAGACAAAGAAGAAGAAUCACCAACAAAAGAGGACAUUGAAAAAGAAUCACCUUCAAAACAGGUCACUGAAAAAAAAUCCCCAACAACAGAGCAUGCUGAAAAAGAAUUACGAACAAAAGAGGACAUUGAAAAAGAAUCACCUUCAAAAGAAGACAUACAAAAAGAAUCACCUACAGAAGAGGUCAUUGAAAAGAAGUUACCAACAAAAGAAGACCUAGAAGAAGAAUCACCAACAAAAGAGGACACCGAAAAAGAAUCACCUUCAAAACAGGUCACUGAAAAAAAAUCCCCAACAACAGAGCAUGUUGAAAAAGAAUUACGAACAAAAGAGGACAUUGAAAAAGGACCACCUUUAAAAGAAGAGAUAGAAGAAUCACCUACGGAAGAGGUCAUUGAAAAAAAAUCACCAACCAAAGAAAACCUAGAAGGAGAUUCACCAAGAAAAGAGGACAUUGAAAAAGAAUCACCUUCAAAACAGGUCACUGAAAAAAAAUCCCCAACAGCAGAGCAUGUUAAAAAAGAAUUAUCAAAAAAAGAGGAUACUGAAAAAGAAUCUCCUUCAAAAGAAGACAUACAAAAAGAAUCACCUACGGAAGAGGUGAUUGAAAAGAAGUUACCAACAAAAGACCUAGAAGAAGAAUCACCAACAAAAGAGGACAUCGAAAAAGAAUCAUCUUCAAAACAGGUCACUGAAAAAAAAUCCCCAGCAACAGAGCAUAUUGAAAAAGAAUUACCAACAAAAGAGAACAUUGAAAAAGGAUCACCUUCGAAAGAAGAGAUAGAAAAAGAAUUACCUACGGAAGAGGUCAUUGAAAGAAAAUCACCAACAAAAGAAGACCUAAAAGAAGAAUCACCAACAAAAGAGGACAUCGAAAAAGAGUCACCUACAAAAGAUCACAUUGAAAGAGAAACAACUGCAGUAGAGGGUGUUAAAAGAGAAUCAUUAACAAAAGAAUUACCAAAAAGAGAGGACAUUAAAAAAGAAUCUCCAACAAAAGAGGAUAUUAAAAGAGAAUCACCGACAAAAGAGGACACUGAAAAAGAAUUGCAAAAAGAAGACAGUGAAAAAGUACCACCUACAGAAGAAGACAUAAAAAAAGAAUCACCAUCGAAAGAGGACGUUGGAAGGGAAUCAACAGAAAAGCAAUUUUUAGAAAAAACAUUAUCUCCAAAAGAAAAAAUAAUUUCUACAGAAGAAGAGAUGGAAAAAGUUUUGAUAAAAACAACAUCUCCAUCACCUUCUAAAGAAACAGACGCAAAAGUAACGCUUACGGAAAGCAUUUUACCUGAAGGGUUGAAGGAAGAAUCGACCCUAGAACAAGCUAUAGAUAUUCAGGACACUGAUAUAAAGGAUGAUGGAGCAGAAAAACUUCUCAUGUCUGAUGAAAAAAAAUUACUUUCAGAAAUCACUAAACCAGAUACUAAAGAAGCAGUGAAAAGUCCAUCACCGACAAUAAGUGAAAGCGGCACAUUUAUACAAGAAAAAAAAGAACAAGUUAUGGAAAUGGCCAUAUUUGCAGAUCAUGAACUUGAGUUAUCAAAACCGAAAGCUGUUGUAAAAUCGCCUUUAUCAGAAGAAAAAGACAUUAUUCUUGAAGUGAGAGAAGAAGCAGCAGCAACCCCAAUGUUAUCAAAACCUUCGACUCCGAUUGAAAAAAUUGAUUCUGAAAAAAUUAAGGAAUCUGCUAUUUCUGAAACUGGGUCUGAACUUGAGACUGUUGAUAAAACAUUAACAGAGCUUUCUGAUAAAGAGGAAAAACCAUCAGAAAAGACAGCUGUUGAAGAUAUGAUAAAAAAGACCCCAUCUCUAAUAUUAUCUAAAGAAGUUGUCUCUGAUCAAAUUGAAGAUAAAACAGAACUCGACUCAAAGUCUUUGAUUCAAACACCCUCACCUCAAAAAGAGAAAGAAGAAAAAAUUAUUGUUGAUAAAAUUCAGAAAGCUGCGCCUUUUAUUUCAAGUGAAGAAAUUGUUCCUGAACUUGAAAAAAGUGUAAUAUCUCCCACUGCAAAAGAAACUGAAGAUUCAAAACCAGAAGAAAGAGCUAUUUCAGAAACUGGCGAUUCGACUUCGACAGAUAAAACGGAUGUCCAGAAAUCAGAAGAUGAACCUACUCCAACUGAAGGUGCAGUUUCAGGUCACGAAGUGGAAAUUAAAGAAAAAGAAGAAUUAUUAGUUUCAGAGGCUAUUAAAUCUCCGCUUGAAACUCCAGAAAAAGAAGUAUCGUCACCUAAAGUGAUCGCAAAAGAAAAAAUACCUUCACUUAUUGAAACAGAAGAACCAAAGGACGUAGUGGAAAAGGCUGCGGAGGAAGUGUCUCCAACUAGUGAUGCAACAACAAUUCAUAAACUAGAGAUUGAAAGUGCAAAAAAAAGUGAAUCUAUUCCCGAUAGUGCAGACGUUCAAACAACCGAUAAAACACCAGAAGAGAUAACAUUGUCCUCUAUUGAAACAAAAGAAUCAACUUCCAUACAAAAAGAUGUCGAAAUAAUUACAAAGGAACUAUCACUUACUAUAGAUACCGUAAAAAUUGAAAAACCAGAUGAUGAAAUUGAAAAAGAAAGUGAUUCCACUCCUGUUUCUAAAGACAUUGAGACAACCGAUAAAAUAUCGAAAGAGAAAACUCCAUCGCCGGCUGAAACAAAAGAAUCAAAGUUAGACGAUACAGAUCUUACCGAAAAGGGUACUGAGGAAGUGUCGCCAACAGCAGAUAUUACAACAAUUAAAACACCAGAGGUUGAUGGUGAAUCUACUCCUGUUCUUGAAGAGAUUGAAAAAAUUGGGGAAGUACAAGAACCAAAGUUAGUUCAAAAAGAUGUUACUGAAAUGGUUGCAGAAGAAGUAUCACCAUCUUUAGAUACUACAGUUAUUGAAGAAACAGAUAUUGAAAGUACGAGGGCAAGCGAAACUACAGUCGACUUUGGUGAUAUUGAGGCAACCGAUAAAACGUCAAAAGAAAAAACACCUUCUCCGGCUGAUAUGAAAAAACCAACGUUUGAACAAAAAGAUGUUCUAGAAAAGGUUACACAGAAAGUAUCACCAACUGCCGAUACUGAAGCAAUUGCAAAGCUGGAAGCUAUGGAAAGUGAAUCUAUCGCUGUCGAUGAAGACAUCGAAAUUAAAGAUAAAACACCAAAAGAAAAAACACCUUCACCAACUGAAACAAAAGAAGCAACAUCAAUGCAAACAGAUGUUAUUGAAACAGGUAUAAAGGAUGUAUCACCGACUAUGGAUACUUCAAAAAUUGAAAAACUAGAGAUUGAAAGUGUAAAGGAAAGUAAAUCUACUCUAGACACUGAGACAACCGAUGAAACACCGAAAGAAAAAUCUCCAUCAGAAACAAAAGAAUCAACAUCACUGCAAAAAGACGUUAUCGAAAAAAUUGCAGAUAAAGAAAUCGUGGCCGACGAAAAAGAUGAUGACGUGAAACUAGUUUUGCACGAUACGAAGACAGUUGAAAUAGAUUCCCGAGAAAAAACACCUUCACCUGAAAAGAUUGAAGUCGUUUUAAAAACGGAAGAUGAAAUAAGCAAAGAAGAAGCUAUUUUACUUGAAAAAUCUGAAUCUGAAAGGGGUGAAAUGGAAAAGAUUUUGACAGAUACGAAAACAUCAACACCAGUAGAAAAAGAAACCAAAGAUAUUGAAAAAUCACCACAAAAAGAAGAAGCAGCCUCACCAACGUCACUUGGGGAAACAACAAAAGAUGAUAAGGUGUCAGAGGAAGCACCUUCGCUAUCAAUCGAAAAAAGUUCCACGCCUUCAGAAAAAGUAGGCAUUGAAGAAAGGAAAGACACCGUUUCAUCCGAAAUAACUCAAGAACGUAUUUCACGUGAGACAACGGAUGAAAAAUCACCUUCAUCAACUCGUGACGAAUUGUCAAAAACAGUAGCAAAGGAUAUCUCUAAAUUAUCGGAGGAGAAAUCUCCGUCACCAAUUGAACCGAAUGUGCUAGAUAGCAAAGUUAGGUCUGAAGAAAGUGAAAAAAUAGUUUAUUCACCUAUUCAAUCAGAACUCAACUUAAAAGACCUUAAACAUUUGGAAAAAACUUCGCUACCAGACAAAGAUCAGCAGCAAGCUCCAAUAGAAGAUCAAAUUGUUGAGGAAUCUGUUAUAAAAACACCCUCUCCAACUUUCGAUGACAAAGUUGAGGAUAAAUGCAUUACUGAAAAGACGAUAUCACCAGCUUCUCCAAUAUCCCAAAAAUCUGAUGCUAUCGAAGAAGCCGUUUCUUUGAAAUCUAAAGAAGAAAUGUCUGAUGAGGAAAUCUUAGAAAAAGUGUCAUCGCCUGAGAAAUUUGAAGAAGCUGCUUCGAUACAGGAUGUAACAAAAGAAACAUCUAAAACUUCCAGUUUUUCUGAAGAUUUUUCGAUUGAAACAAAACCAUCCAUUAGUGAGACUGAAACAAAAGCAUCGUCCCUAAUAUUGACUACAGAACAAAAGAUUUGUAAAGAUGGUAUCACGGAAGAAAUAAAAGAGAGUUCUCCCUCUCCAGUUGUAGAAAAAAUCAUUUCAUUACAUGAAAUUAAAAUCGAAAGUGAUACAAAAGAAAAAUCUCCCAUCUCUCCAUCCAGUGAGAAAACUGAAAAGGAACUGAAAGACAAAACCCCAACACCUGAUCAUAUUGACAAAUCUGAACUAACCAAAGAAGAUACAGAUGACGAAAUUAAAGAAAAGUUAACUUUAACUUUAGAGAAAGAAGCUGAAGAGAAAAAGAAGGAAAAAACACCAUCUCCAAGCUUAACCACAACUGAAGAUGCAAAGAUUGAAACUUUAGAAAAAGAAGAAGAUAAACUUCAUUCACCCGAUAAAAGAAAAAUUGAUGAAAAAAUAUCUUCUCCAAUUCUUGAUAAAGAAGAUUCAGAUGCAACAAAGGUAGAGGAAGCACUUCCUUCAUCAAAAGAAGAAAUUAAAAUUAUAGAUAAAGACAUGUCUGAUAAAGAAAAAACACCAUCGCCAACUUUGGGCGAAAAGGCAGACUUAAGCCCAACGCAAAUUAUUGAAGAAGAAGACAAAUCUUCAGUAUCGCCUACGGAAACGCCAGCAGGAUCAGAAAAAAUAGAAAUUAAAGAAAUUGAGGAGAAAACACCUUCUCCAAUAGAACCAUCUGCAGCGAAAGAAAUUACUGAAGCUAUCUUAGAAAAAUCUGUUACUGAAAGUCUUACUGAAAAAGAACUAAUAUCUUCUGCUGCAAAAGAAGAAAUUUCAAAAACAGAAAAAGAAAUACGAGACAAAGUAGAGAUUGAAAAAACUAUCACAAUAAAAGAAUCAACUGAAGAAAGUAAAAUAAAAUCAUUUUCUCCAACUGAAGAAAUUAUAAAAUCUAAGGAAGAAAAAAGUGAAGAAGAACAAAAAAUAUUAAAAACACCCGAGGCCGAAUUCGAAAAAGAAAAACUUUCAGUAUCGAGUGAACAAUCAAUAAUCUCUGAUAAAGAGAAAACCCCUUCUCCUUCUGACGAGAUUAAAGCACCAAAAGAGGAAAAGUUCGCUGAAUUAAAAGAAAAAUCAUCCUCUCCUACCCUUGAAACAGCUACAGGUGAAACAGAAGAGAAAUCACCCACUUCAGAGGAAAGAGAUGCAGAAGAAAAAGAGAUUUUAAGUCAUACUGUUUCUAAAGAAGAAAUAACACAAAAAUCACCAACUCCGACCAAAGAAACCAAAACUAUUAGCAAAACAGAAGAGAUAGAAUCUCUUGUGCCUACCGUGAUAAAAGAAGCUGGCGCAACUGUUAAAGUUGACGAGAAAAUAAAAGAAAAACUGGUUUCUCCGAAAACUCCCGAGAAACCUACCUUGGCGGAAGAUGAAAGUGCUUCUGAAACAAAAGAUAAAGAACUUUUUCCAUCUUUAGAAACACCCAAAACGGUUGGAAAAACAGUUGAAACUGUAACAGAACAACUAUCGAUGACAUCAGAUAAAGAAACAAUUUCAUCGCCUAAAGAUAUUGUCAAGCAAAUUUCUAGUGAUGAAAGUGGUGACUCUAAGAAAAUUGAAAUUGAUUUGAAAACUCCCCAUUCUCCAAUUUUAACUGAAGAAAUAAGUGUAGAGGGAAAAGUACUACCUGUAGCAGAGGAAAAAUCUCCGUCAUCAGAUUUAAAGAAACUGCCUCCGGAUUCAGAGAAAGAUGUCGUCAUGCUUUCAGAAGAAAUGAUCGCUCCAAAAGAACUGAAAGAGGAUGCAUUAAAAGAAAAAGCACCAUCUCCCACUUCCGAAUCGGAAGCAGUUAUAGAAGAAAAAGAAACGUUGUCUCCAGUUAGCAAGAAAGCAUCGUUAUCUGAUGAGGAUGAAUAUAUUCAUAAAACUGAAUCAUCUUUAACAGAAGGACAAGAAGAAAUUUCAACAAAAGAUGUCAAAAUUGUGACUGAGAAAACUAUUUCCACAUUUUCAACUGAAGAAAAAUCAGUUCCCAAAAAACCAGACAUUUUAAUUACACAGAAAGAAAAAUCCGCUGAUCAAACAAAAACUGAUUCUCCAGCAUUAGAUGAUCAUAAAACAGAAGAAACUACAACUUCAAAAAUUAUCGAAGUAGAAAUAAGUACAACAGCAGAACAAGAUGUAAGGUUUCAAGAAACUCUAAUUACUGGUCGAAAAGAGGAUGAAAAAAUGACAUCUCCUGAAAAAGUCGAACAUACUAUCUCGCCUUUACAGAAGGAUGAAAAGCUAUUGCCUUCAAUAGAUUCGAAAGAAAAUGUUCCCAUAACAACAAUGAAAGAAAAAGAUCUAACACAAGAUAUAAAAAGCAAAUCCCCAGAGGAAAGAGAAACGAUGGAUGAAUUUAAAUCCCCAGCUACUGAAAAAGAUAUUGACGAAGAGGAUAUUUCAGUUGAGGAAUCAAAGGAAGAAGCUGUUUGCCUUGAUAAAGAAGGUGAACAAACUUCUCCAGCGAAACAUCAUGUACCCAAAGAACUUGAGAAACUUUCAUCACCUUUAGAUAAUAAAUUGCAAACAGUUACUGUUAGAGAAUCAUCUGAUGAUAGUUCGAAGGUGAUUACUGAAAUGAGCUUAGAAAUGUUCCAACAAUCAUGCUUAGGAGAAGUUAAAACGCAAAUUAAAGAUUUUGCUUGUAUUCUUGAAAGGUUAGGAGAAGCGACAGGUAUUUCAAGCAAUGAUUGUGAAACAAUUAUGCAAGAGAUAGUUUUUGAAGAAUUAAAACGAAAAGGAUGGGUUAUAAGCAUCGUUAAUAUAAUACGAUAUAUAAUUGAAUAUAAAACAGAAAUUAUCAGAAUUUUGACUUUAAGAAUUACUGAGAUAAGAUCAAAAGUUUUGGGCGAAAAAACUACUAAAGAUAUUAUUGAACAAAAAGCAGCCAUACUUUUAAAAAGUAUAGUGGAAGCCGAAGAUGAUGAAAUUUCCCCAAUAGCUGAAAGUGUAAUGGGAGACGACGUAGAUAUUCCUGAUACAGAUACUUACGAAACUAAUUUAGUGGAACAGUUUUCCUCCCAAUCUAAAGCUGAAGAUGUAUCAGUGGGUGAAACAGUAAUAUCAAAAACAGUUACAGAAAUAUCGACGCGUAAGAUAGUAUAUGAGAAACCUGAAGCAGAACAAGUGUUUAGGCAUAUUUUUGCCGAAACAGUUGUUGAUGAUGAUGUUGAAGUUCUUCAGGAUGAAGAAGUGAGCAGAGAUGAAAUAGUUACCUCCCUCUCCACAGAGAAACUGGAUGAUGCAGAAGGAGAUAAACUAAAAUCUGAUGACAUGGAAACAUCAGAAUCUCCGAGACAGAAAUUGAUGUACAUUGAAAUAGAAGUUGAAGAAUCAGUAACGACAACAACAGAUGCAUCAGCUGAUACAGAUGCUCCCGAAAUACCAUUCGAUGGGAAGUACAAAGAAAGCACCGAAGUGAAAGAUGAAGAUGCAACAGCUAAGCUGGGUUUGGAAAAACCCGCAGAAGAAUUAAGUACAGGGGGAACUGAUGAUGAGUUUAUCAGUGCUAAAACUUCAAUUACUGAUAAAGUUGAAAAACAAAUGUUAACUUGUAAGGAAGUAGAUUUGGAAGAAUCAGCCACAUCAUCAGCCAGUAUGUCUGGGAGUUAUGAACUAAUAGCAAAAGAUGCGAAUGAAUCUGAAUUAAAAGAGCUAGAUGAAUUCGAAGAAAAGCCAUCAGAAAUAGAUGCAGAAGGUACGAAACAGAAAGCAGAAAAAAUAUUGGAAGAGCCCAAUCUGGAGCAAAUGACACCUAUUUCGGAUAUCAGAAUAUCUUCUACUGCGAAGGACGAGAAAUCAACACAAAGAGAAAUUUCGGAAACGGUCUUAUCUGCACCAGACCAAGAAUUUAAAGAUGACGAGCCCACACAAUCAAAAACAAUUGCACUGGAUGAAACAUAUACACCAAAAGAUGGUGAAACAGCUUUGACUACAAAAGAAACAGUUGUAAGUGCAGAUGGGAGAACUAUUACUACCACAACUGUCACUAAAAUUACGAAAUCAGAAGAAAUAACUGACAGCCCUUCUGUAACAAAAUUGAUUUCGGAGGCUGUUGAUGGAUCAAAAAUUACUAAAACUAUUACAACAACUGCCGUCAAAAAAGAAGUUCAGUCCUCAGAAGAAAUUCAGGAUGCUGGUAUAAUUGAAGGAGAAACUCCUGUUCCAAAAGAUUCAAUUAUUAUUAAAGAAACUGUCACUACCACUUCUAGUGUAACAGAACAUCCAGUCUCCAGUGACACAGUAAUCUCUGAAGAUACAAGAAAAGAGAUUGAACUAGACGGUCAGGUUCUUACUCAUAUUUCAGAUACCAUGACUCACGCAGCAGACACCAUCGAUAAAGAAAAGAUUUCUGAUGACGAAAGUGACUUUAAAAUAAAACAUACUAUUUCAACAGAGACCAUGAAAAAGACCGAAGACCAAGUCCAUGAGAUCGAUAUCAGAACCACUGUUCCAUCGAAAGACAAAAGUCAAGUAAAAGAAAUCACCAGCAGUAAAGAAGAAAGUUCAGAUAUGUUUAAAACUGCAUUAGCAUCAGAUAUAGAAAAAAGAAAGUCCACCGAACUCGAACAAACAGGUGAUGAACUUCGGCAACCAACUAGUGAUGAAGGUUUUGAAAAAGAAGAAAAAAUCAUGGAGAGUCAAACGACAACAAUGCAGCAAACUUCGACUUCUGGUGAUAGCUCAAUUACAACCAAAACAAUUACAACUUACAAAACGGAACAAAUGAAAACUUUAGAAGAUGAAAAAUUAUCAUUCACAACAGAUGAAAGUGGUGACAUAAAAGUAAAAACAGAUAAAGAUAUUUCCUCCAUUGCUAAAGAUGAAUCAAUGGUAUCAAUAACUAGUACUUCAAAAAUCGAUUUCGAUGACAGUUGCAAAAAAUCCCAACAAAGUGUCAUAACUCGUGUCACCGAAUUUAUUUCAUCUGAUGCAAUAGAAAGUGAAAAAAUCGAUAUUGAUGAAGAAAUAAUAGCACAUGAUGAAAGUUUAAGUUCUAAAGAAGCAGUUACUGUCAUUGGCCACAUACAGAUAGAAGAAGAAACAAGUGGAAAAACAUCACCAAUAACAGAGAGACCAUCAGAUCAAGAGACAAUUGUUGAAAGUGCUACAACUUACAUUUCAAAAGAAAUUCUACAUGCAGAUGAAGUUGAUAUCGGUACUAAAAAGGAAACCGGUGACCUACCAAAGACAUUAAUAUAUGAAAGUUCCUAUUCAAUGACCGAAUCACCGAAAUCUUCUGCUCUUGAAUCAAAGAGUCCCACUGUUAUUGAGGAAAAAAUAGAAAUCUUACCAAAAGUAGAGAAGAUAGAGAAAAGUGCCGCAUAUGUUAGUGAUUCAGCUGUUGAAAGUGAUGAUGCAUCUUUAGUAUCUAAAAGAGUUACAGCCACUUAUAUAACGAAAGAAAUAUUGGCAGAUGAAGAAGAUGACGGAGAUGAUAAAGGGGCAAAGAUACAAGAAGCUCUCGGAAUAGAGAAACUGAAAGACGAUUCUUCCUCUGUUGUAAGUGAAAUUAGGGCUACGGAAAGUGAAGAUGGACAAGUUAUUAAAACUGUUAUUACCUCCAGCGUGACAAAAGAACACUCACCAGAUGAGACUUUAGAACAGAAAGAAAUACAAAAACCCAAAUUUAGUGAUUCAAUAAUAAUAGAAAAAGGCCACAUAGAGACGAGUGAAUCAGAUGAGCAAGAAAAAACAUUAACAACCGUUACCGAAACGUUUGGAGAAAGUGGAGAACAUAUAGUCACCCAAUCUGUUGUAAAAAGCUAUGUUUCGAAAAAAACACCGUCACCAGUUGAACCUGAAGCUGACGCUUCAACAGAUCAAACAGAGUUAAGUCAAACCUCAUCAAAAACAACAGAAAAAAGUGCCUCGGUUACGUCUACGCAAAUUGCUGAAGACGGAGGAACCAUAGUAUCUAAAAUUGUUACGAUUACUUCUGAAGCAAAAGAACUAUUUUUUACGGACUCUAGUGAUACAGAAAUAGAUAGAGAUGCUGAGUGUAUUAAAUCAGAGGAGAUUGAAAAAGUAAGUGAUCAAUCGGCUAGUAAAGAUAUAACUAUAGAUGGAACAUCGGAAAUGGAAGCAAUUAGUUCAACUUCCGUAGUGGAAAAACAGCCAAAAGAUGAAACAAUUACAUCUUGUAUAGUUGAUGGUACAUCUUCAGAAGAGUUUGGAGACGAAAGUAGGAAGAUCAUAACGAAAACGAUAACAUCAAAAUCUGACGAUGGUUCGACAACAACAGUUAUUACUUCUAGUUAUACAAUAAGCGAUUCCCCUCAAGAAAAAACUAGCAUAGGCAGAAAAUCCAGUCACAAAAGUGAAGAAUUAAAAGAUAUUGAAAAAUUAGUCGAAAAAACUGUUUCAGAAACUACAACCAUAAAAUCAGCUGAAAGUGAUGUCUUAAAAGAAAAAAGAGAGGAUAUAAAAACUGUCACAACAUUAGUGAGAGAUGAGGAAGAUGAUUCAACAAAAAUAGCAGUUACGAAAAGCACUGUUACUUCAAAAAUAGAAACAUCACAUGAACCCUCUGAAAGCGAUAGGACUGAAACAGAGAGUUCAUAUGGAGAUAUUAAAACGAAAGUAAUUUCAGAAAGCAUUUCUUACAGCAAAGAAGCAUCUAAAGAUAUUUCGCCGUCAGAAGUAGACAGCGGGAUAAGUGAUGCAUCAGUGACUACUAAAACAACUGAAGAAGUUAAAACAAUUUCUUCAACACACAUUGUUGGAACCAAAGAUACGCCAGGGAAAGAAGAAUCAGCAAAAUAUGCUCCAACAACAAAAACUACUGCUGAAGCAAAAUCAACUUCUACAGCUGAAUCCUCAGAAACCAUUUCUUCUUCAACUUUGAAAUCUGAAUCAGAUGGUAUAACACGAAUCAAAGCGAAAUCUUCAUCGUUAAAAGAAGAAUCAGGAGAAAUUUUAUCGAAAACAAUCUCUAGUGUUUCCAGUUCAGCGUACACUGAAUCAACGUCAGGUGAAGAAACAGAAUCUCGUACUCAUACUAAAGCUAGCACUGUAGAAAUCAUUUCCCCCUCCUCAUCAUCCAUUACAUUACUUCAACAAACAAAAAGUAGCUCUGAAACAACAAGUAAACAACAAAGUGAUUCGGAGUCCAUAUGCUCUGAAACAAUUUGUGAAACUACUGAGUAUCGAACAAUAUCAGAUGCAUCUGGAGAAAGUGAAGUUCUAAAAACCACCAUUCAAGAAAAAGGAGACUCUAUUAAAUCAGAAAUGAAAUUAAUAUCUGAAGAAAGUGUAGAACGUGAAAGCAUGGAGAGUUCUAAGUUAACAACAGGAGCGAAGGACAAAACAUCUAAAGAAAGCAUAAGCUAUGAGCAUCAAAUCAGCGAAGAAUCAGAACAGAAAUCAUUUACAGAAGACACUAUUGUUAAAAAUGUAACUACCAUGCAAAGUUCAGAUGGAAAAUAUGAAAAGUCAGCAGAAACAGAAUCACAGAAGAGCUCAGAAGAAACAAAUAUAAAAUCAUUUUCAUCCAAAAUUAAGGAAGAAAAAAGUGAAACAGUUGAAGGGAUUAGUAAAACAAAGUCAUCAAUUGUAAGCACAUCUGAAACAACAGAAUCGCAAAGAGUCGUAGAAGACUCCAAAGAUACAUUCACAGAAGUCAGAACGUCCAAAAUUAUAACAGCAAUACCAGAAUCGGUAAAGCAUUUUAUACCUUCUCAUACAAGAUCGCCAUCAGACGGAGAGUCAUCUGAUGAUUCUCCUAAAAAACGAUCUAAGAGAGUAGUAAAGAAAGUUAUUGUUUUCCAAACUGAUUCAGAUUCAUCUAUUGAAGAAGUUUUAAAAGAAGAAAAAAUAAGAGAGACUAUAAUGAAAGCUGGGGGUAAGGAUACCAGCGCUGUAACAAAAAUCAUAUCAUCGGGUUCAACGGAGAACUUAGACGGCUUUAGCGCACAAGAAAAUGUUAUAAGAAUUAAAUCCCCCAUCGAACCAAGCCAAAGUAGGGAAAGUAAUAUCGCAGAAGAAAUCUCUUCUAGAAGUGAAACUUUCAGUGAAGAACUAGAACAUGUUGCUUUUGAUCCUUUUUCUUUAAUUACGAAGCCAAUUGAAGAAACAUUCCGGAAGAAAUUCCAAGAACAACAAACAUCAAGUGUCAUUCAAAGUACCAGCAUGACUGCACCUACUCAAGAUAGAAAGGAAUCCACUCACACUAGUUUUAUUGACCCCAAAGUAGCAACUGAUGCUAAGAAACUUUUAAUAAGUUCGAUUCAAUCUUCAACUGAAACUCAUCAGCCUACGUCAUCCGAAGAACCUGAAGCUUCAAGCUCUUCUUCAGCAGAUAGACCAGCUAGUGAAUCAAGAUCAGAACGUACAGAAAGUGACGAUCCGAAUAAUCAAAAAUCAUUCAGUUUAGACGAAUGGGAUAAACCAAUGGGAUUGCCUUCGCCUCCAGAGCCAAUGGGAUUUACAUCUUUGACUAAACAAAACACAACACGUACAACGAAACCGGAAGGUGAAUAUAAAUCUCAGGACGCAGUAGAGGAAGUAGUUAAUUAUCAAAAUAAUCAACAAAUGUUUAACAAUAGUGAAGAUACAACACCAAAUAAGGAAAUCGAUACAACACCAGAAAAAGAAUCGCACACCUCUCACAAAACGGAUGAAAAAAAUAUAGAACCUAUCUAUUUGGACCUAACUUAUGUUCCUCAUUUUGGCGAUCCCCAUUACAGUAACGUAGAAUUUUUCAGGCGAAUCAGAUCUCGGUAUUAUGUUUUCAGUGGUACAAAACCCAGUAAAGAAGUGUUCAAUGCUCUUUUGGAAGCUAAACAAGACUGGAAAGAUAAAGAUGCUAAGGUAACAAUCAUUCCUACCUAUGAAACAGACACUUUAGGCUACUGGAUGGCUGUUAAUCAAGAAGCUUUGAUAGCAAACAAUAUUGACGUGGCGCCAUCUGCCAGUAGAUGCACAAUCAAUCUGCAAGACCACGAAACCAGCUGUUCUGCAUAUAGAUUGGAACUGUAAAAAAAAUGUUAAAUGACUGACUCUCUUAAUCUUGAAAAAGUACUUAAUUUGCAGUGCAGGAUACUGCAAAAUCAAUUCCUUUUUGAGAAGCUGUACGAAGAAAGGCGAAAGCCGGGGACUAGAAUAACAAAUUUGCUUUGACUCUCAUUAAAGUAAAAUUCAUCCUAGGGGGCUUUCAAUUUAGCGCUUAUACUUUCAUAUAAUGGAAUAAGGCCUCGAAGGCAGAUCCAGAAAAAUAAUGUGAGAUAACUGACCCUUAGUGCCUAAAGCUGACGUGAUAUGAAGGAAUGGACAAGUAAAAAAUUAAAGAGAAAAAAAAACUUAUAUUCCAUAUUUAUUUAAAAUGUUCUGCGUUCAGAACUGUCAUAUGAGCUCAGGGGAAAAGGGGCUUAGUAUUUAGUUUUACAGAUACAACAUAUUAUUUACUUCUUAUUUCAAAACAAAUACGUCUAAAUCUUUUGAUACUAUAGAUGUUUAUAUAGAUCCAAAAAAAAGUAAAAUUUAAAACUAACAUCGAUUUAAAAAUCUACAUUUUAGGCUAUGGAAUCGUUGUUAACGAAAUUCGAGAAGUAAAUAAUAUUCGUUGGUUGUGAUAAUAUGUUCAUAAUUCUCAAGAAAUAACUAAGCCACUUUGGGGUAAUAAAUCUGUGCCAAGAGUGCAGAGAAAUGUUAUACAAGAAAACAUGAGUAAAGGUUGUUAGUUUAUCCUAGACGCUGAGAUACUAUAUAUAUAUUUUUCUUUGCCUAGUUCUAAACUACGAAAUUAAUAUAUAAAUUGUUUGGGCUUACCAUUGAACUAUUCCUUUUCGUCCACUUUACGUAUACUUCCGAUUAUUCCACGAAUGUUCCAGUUGUGAUUUAAGAUGGAAUGAUGAGAACAAACUGUAUUGUGAAUCUGUGGUGCUUCUAAAAAAAAGGUUCAGUUAAGUUUUUCAACGUUUGAUAAUGUUUAAAGAAAUUCCUAACAAAGAAUAUAUUUUCAGUUGGAUUUUCAAAACAACGUUACUUUCAUUACGAGAAAAUAUAUUAUAAUUUCAUUUGGUUAGAAAACGUACAAUGGUUUUGUUUUGAUUUAUACUUGAAAACAUAAUUUAACUGCCAUAUUUUUUUUUCUCGUAGAAGCAGCUUAUUAUGAAUCAAAACAAUCUGUGAUGUUUUCGUAUAGUGUACAAAAAUGUGUUUUGUGGCAACAAAGUGAUUAUGUUUAAAUUGGAAAAUUCAUUUCUUUUCAAGGAUGUUGACCCUGUUUUAAUUGAACAAAAACAAAUCUGAUUAAUGUUUUUGUAUUUGA